AUGGCGGAUGCCAGAUCGCAAGCCCUAUACGAGGAGCUGAUCAAAGCCGAAGCAGCACUCAAGCUUUAUCAGGACUGCAACAAGGAGCGGCUGCAGGUCAUGACGGGGUUGCUGAUGGAAUUGGCGAGCGAGACCCCUUCGGGUUUCCUGUCGGGGCUGGUCAAAUCAAGAAAGGCAAAGACGGAGUUUCUGGAGGUAGUUUUCAAGGGGGUGCAGAGGAAAGGGGCGAAGGAUGUGUUACAGGCGGCUUCAGAGCACUUCAGAGAAGCAUGCGCGGAGUCACCGUCAAAUCAUAACAUAGUGCCGUGGCCAAUAGACGAGGAAAGGAGACUGCAGGAGAAGGAUCAACUGCAACUUGACGCGGAGUGGUCGGAGCAAGAGGUGAAGGCAGCGCUCAAAGGCUUACCAGCGGGGAAGGCUCCGGGGCAGGACGGCCUACCGAAGGAUUUUUUUGAGCAGAAUUGGGAGUUGCUCGGCCCGGAGGUGAUGAAGGAGGUUAAAGGCUUUGAGUCGACGGGUGUACUCUCGGAGGCUUUCACGACUGCGGUUACCAUCCUGCUGCACAAAAAAGGAGAUAGAUGUGAUUUGGGCAAUUACAGGCCGAUCACCUUACUGAGCUUUUUCUACAAACUGCUGGCGAAAGUGAUGGCGAACAGAAUCAAGCAGGUCUUACCACGGGUGAUCUCGGACAAACAGUUUGGCUUUCUUCCGGGGAGGAGCCUUGCUGACGCGGUCUCGCUGGUAGCAGAUGUAAUUGACGCAGCGGAGGCGGAGGAUGAAGAUUGGCUACUGCUGCUGGUGGACUUUCAGAAAGCCUACGAUUCCGUGUCACGUGAUUACCUGUUCACAACGCUGCGCAACAUGGGCUUUCCGGAGAAGUUUGUAAGAUGGGUGAGAGGUUUGCACGAUGGUGCAGCAACCAGGAUGCUGCUGAACGGUUGUGUAGGAGAUCGGGUGGCGAUGGACAAGGGAGUACGGCAAGGCUGUCCACUCGCCCCUUAUCUCUUCCUUUGUGCGGUGGAGCCGCUCUGCCAAGAGAUAGGGAGGAGAAAUCUGGGAGUUCGGAAGCGGGGGGUGAAGGGGGAGCUAGCCUAUAUUGGGUACGCCGAUGAUACAACUCUUGUCCUGAGAGGGAAGGAACAAGUGGCUACAGCGGGCAUUUCACCCUCUGGAGUUACGAGCUGUCGUGCAGGGGGCGGAAAGAAGGGAGACUGGGAGUGA